AUGAAACCACUUUCUGGUGAGAACUCUAAAAGAUUAUUCUUUUCUAGAACAUUUGGUGACGAUCAAAGCGUCCUUCUUGAUAAACAAUAUGAUGAAAUGUCCAAGAAAAUUUUAUGGAGAUGUGGUGGUGUGCCAUUAUCUAUCACUACAAUAGCUAGCCUGCUUGCUGGGAAACGAAGGGAGGCCUGGUCCGAGGUAUAUGAAUCUAUUGGUUUUGGGCAUGAAAAGAAUGAAGCUGUUGAGAACACGAGAAAAAUUAUGUCCUUUAGCUAUUAUGAUCUGCCCUCUUGUCUAAAGACAUGUUUGUUGCACUUGAGAAUUUUUCCUGAAGAUACCACCUUCGGGAAAAAAACAUUAAUAUGGAUGUGGAUUGCAGAGGGUUUUAUCAUUGAUAAACCAGGGACACAAUUAUUUGAGUUGGGGGAGAGCUACUUGAAUGAGCUUGUAAACAGAAACAUGAUCCAACAGGUAGAGCCACGUCAUAUGGGAAGCCUAUCUGGUUGCAGUGUUCAUGAUAUGGUGUAUGAUUUAAUAUGCUCCUUGUCAAGUCAAGUGAACUUCAUCACAAUAUAUGAUAAGCACCAACAGGCAGUCACAUUUUCGCGUGUCCGUAGAUUAGCCAUUCACAGAGGAAGUAUGGAGCAGAUUAACCCUGGCAUGGAGAUGGGACAUGUGAAGUCAUUCAAUGCUGUGGAGUGGCGAAACAUCAGGAUGCCCUCCCUUCUGAGCUUCAGAGCAUUACGUGUACUGGUGUUUUUCAAAUGUGGUUUUUCUACGGGAAGUUGUGAUCUGAAGCAUGUUAGAAAGUUGGUUCAUCUGAGGUACCUUGGGCUAGUGGACACACCUGCUGUGGAGCUACCGAAAGACAUAGGACAUGACCUCAACUUCCUGCAAACGCUGGACGUCAGGGGAAGUGGCAUAAAAGAAUUGCCGCCAACCAUCGGUGAGCUAACUAAACUGAUGUGCUUGCGUGCUAGCAAGGGUACAAGAUUUACGUCCGAGAUAGGGAAGCUCACCUCCCUCGUUGAGCUGGACCUGUCCUCGGCUGACAAGUCCGCACACUUGUUCACACAGCUGGGUAAUCUGAGGGAGGUGAGGACGCUCAAUAUAUGGUUUGAACCGAUAGACGAGAGCUGCAGGCACAAGGAUCUGGUGGGUUCAUUGGGCAGCAUGCGCAGGCUCCAGCAGCUGAGGGUCGGGUUUCACUCAGCGAAGGAAAUCCUUGUCGACGGCUGGGAAGAGUGGACGCCCCCUUCGCUGCUCCGUGAGCUGGGGUUGUAUCACAUACUUUUACCCAGGCGGCCGUUGUGGCUGGACUCCUCGUGUGUUCCGCUCCUCUCCACCCUCAGGUUGGAACUGGAGGUGGUUUCGGAACAGGAUAUGCAAAUCCUCGGGACGCUCCCUUCCCUCCGCCACCUCUACCUCCAGAUAUACAAGAUGAAGGUGUUUUCGUAUACUGUUGGUAGCGACGAGUUUCAGAAACUGAGGCAUCUUAAAAUCACUGUGGAGAUCAUGACAUGUGGAGAGGGAGUCCUACCAAUGCUUGAGGAACUGAGAUGUUGUGCCACCGUGAGAGGAAAGGGCGGUUUUGGUCUGAUGCCAGGAAACAUGCCCUGUCUUCAGCAUGUCACCUAUGAGCUUAACUGCCAGCAUAGCACUGCUGACGAAGUGGAAGAGGCAGAAAUAGCCAUGAGGUACAUGGCCCAAAUCCACCCCAACCACCCCACGCUGGAAAUAGAAAGAAUCAAUGAGGAUUAUGCCGGACCUGCGGAGGUUUCAGCUCCCCACAAGGAGGUAUGUAAUGUGCUAUACGCGGACUGGAUACAUGCAUACAUAUCAUACAAUAGUGCUACUUUAAAUCGAUCGUUGCAACUUUAUUUUGUGUAA